UUCUUCUACGUCUCAGGAUAUGCAAGCUGUGCAAGUUGUACAAGUUGUACAUGAUGUUCAAAAUUCUCAAAGUUCUCCAAUUAACCAUGAUGUUCAAAGUAAUCCGAUUGUUCAAGAUAAUCAAAAUGUACAGAACGAUCAAAACGUUCCAAUUGUUCAGGGUAUUCCUCCUACGGUUCAUGAUGUGCAAAGCGUUCACGACGUUCAAAAUGUUCAAAGUUCCGAAAUUGUACAAAAUGAACAAAGUGUUCAAAACAUUCAAAUCUCCCAGAACGUUCCAAUUCUCCAAAACGAGCAAAACUUUCAUAAAGUUCCGGAUGUUCAAAGCGUUCCUUUCGUUCAGGAUGUGCAAAAUGUUCAGAACGAUCCUAAUGUUCAAAACGCUCAAGUUUUUCAGGGUAUGCAGAGUGCUCAACAUCCCAUGAUUAUAGAUCAGGAUAAUUCUCAGCUACCUGAACUGCAAAAAACGGAACAAGCAACUAACGAGACUGAUCAAGUUUCACCUGAAGUAGCAUCAUCAAUGGAAGUUCUAACACAACAAUUACAACAAUCAUCGAUUCCUCUCGUUCAAAGUGUAUCAGAUGCAACGACGGAAGUUACUAUUGUAGCCCCUACCGGUGAUGACGUUCAACAAAUGGAAACUUCGGCUGCCGCAAACGUUAAUGCAUUUGAUUAUGAAGAUGCGAUAAAGAAAGCUCACGCUAUCGCGGCGAAAUUACUUAAUAAUGAAGGUGUAGCUGUUGUUCCAUUUUUUUAUUUUUCUAAACUUGGUUGA